AUGACUGACGCAAAGCGGUGGAAGGCAACAGUCUACGUGGGCGGGCUCGCUGGUCUAGUCAACCCAUCCAAUUUACAUGAUGCCUUUAUCCCCUUCGGUGAAAUAGCCGAUAUAUCACUGCCCAAAAAUGACAAACCCGAUGCGACGGACCUUCAUCGUGGCUUUGCGUACGUCGAGUUUGAAGACGAGCAGGACGCAAAGGAAGCAAUCGACAACAUGGACCAGUCGGAAUUCUUUGGCCGGGUCUUGAAGGUUUCUGCUGCCAAAGCACCCAAGAGCGCCGAAGAAGGACUAGGUAGCAAAACAGCAGUCUGGCAACAGGAGAGCUGGUUGGCAGAACACGCCGUGGGCGAGGAGGACAGAAUGGCAACUACGGGGACUGAUGAUGAUCGGCCGGAGGACCCAAUGCAGGGCCUGGAAGGGUUGGAUGUUGCAGGACCCAGGCCGGAGUGA